GAAAGUAGUUCCGGUCGAGGUAGACCGAUGGACCCUUCCGCCACGAGAGCCAGAGGAUGGCGACCUCGUCGAUGCCGGAGUCGGAGAGGAACGCGGCUACGGAAGCAUCGAAGUGAAGGCCCCAGACUCUGCUCCCCUCUGCCAGGCGUCCCCCCAAGCCCAUGGAGGAGAACGAAGUGGAGAGCAGCAGUGACGCAGCCCCGGGACCUGGCAGGCCCGAAGAGCCGUCUGAGAGUGGCCUGGACGUGGGCACCUCGGAAGCCGUGUCGGCCGACAGCAGCGACACGGCCAGCGCCCCAGGUCCAGCAGAAGCAGACGACUCCGGCGUGGGCCAGAGCUCCGACCUCGGCAACAGCUCUCUGGCGGAGGUAUCCGAGAGCAGUUCAAGCACAGAUCUCCGGCCCCAUGGCUACCUCCCUGAUUCAUCUUCUGUGUCCCGUGGCCCCGAAGCCAGGGUGACCGCUGGCCCUCCAGCCCUAGUACAUUCUAGUGUGCUUCCCGAUCCCAGCAUGCUGAUAGCAGACUGCACAGCUUCAUCAUCGGACUUGGGCUCAGCCAUUGACAAGAUCAUUGAGUCCACCAUUGGACCUGACCUCAUUCAGAGCUGUAUCACUGUGACCAGCGCUGAAGAUGGUGGUGCAGAGACCACACAGUACCUCAUCCUGCAGGGCCCAGACGAUGGUGCGCCCAUGGCAUCGCCCAUGUCUAGCUCCACCCUGGUUCACAGCCUGGCCACCAUUGAGGCUCUGGCUGAUGGCCCCACCUCUACCUCCACAUGCCUGGAGCCCCCUGAGGAUGUGCGGGCUGGGCAUGGCUCCCUGGCUCAGUUGCCACCAAGCUCUGAUGCUGAGGAGCUGGAUCUGCAGAGCCUGGAGGCCAUGAUGGAGGUGGUGGUGGUGCAGCAGUUCAAGUGCAAGAUGUGCCAGUACCGGAGUAGCACCAAGACCACGCUGCUGCGCCACAUGAGGGAACGGCACUUCCGCCCCGCGGCGGUGGCAGCUGCAGUUGUUAAAAAGGGGCGUCUGCGCAAGUGGGGCACCUCAGCCAAAGCCCAGGAGGAGGAGAACCCGGAGGACGAAGACGACGAUGACAUCAUGGAUGCUGGUGCCAUUGAUGACCUAGAGGAGGACAGUGACUAUAAUCCAGCAGAGGAUGAGCCCCGGGGCCGGCAGCUACGGCCUCAGCGCCCCACUCCCAGCAGCACACCAAGACCCCGAAGGAGACCUGGCCGCCCCCGGAAGGUGCCUCGGCUGGAAGCCUCAGACCUCCCCAAUGGUACGGACAAAGGGCCUGUUGUGAGUUCCCAGAGCCCACAAAGCCCAGCGGAGCUACAGGACCCCGAUGCACCCAGUUCAUCUGGCCCAGGACACCUGGUGGUCCCAGGCCAGACCUCUCAGGCCCCCGUUGAACCUGGUGUGAGCCAGUCAGAGACCGAGAGUGCCACCCUAGCAUGCCAGGAAGAGCCUGACAUGCCACCCCGCCGUCGAGGGCGGCCCUCCCGACGCUUCCUAGGCAAGAAAUACCGCAAGUACUACUACAAGUCCCCCAAGCCCCUGCUGAGGCCCUUCCUGUGCCGUAUCUGCGGCUCCCGCUUCCUGUCCCAUGAGGACUUGCGCUUCCACGUCAACUCGCAUGAGGCUGGGGACCCCCAACUCUUCAAGUGUCUGCAGUGCAGCUACCGUUCCCGCCGCUGGUCUUCGCUCAAGGAACAUAUGUUCAACCACGUGGGUAGCAAGCCUUACAAGUGUGAUGAGUGCAGCUACACCAGCGUAUACCGGAAGGACGUCAUCCGGCAUGCAGCUGUGCACAACCGGGACCGGAAGAAGAAACCAGAUCCUAUCCCCAAGCUGAGCUCCUUCCCCUGCCCCGUGUGCGGCCGUGUAUACCCCAUGCAGAAGAGGCUCACACAGCACAUGAAGACACACAGCACUGAGAAACCCCACAUGUGUGACAAGUGUGGAAAGUCCUUUAAGAAGCGCUACACCUUCAAGAUGCACCUGCUUACGCAUAUCCAGGCUGUUGCCAACCGCAGGUUCAAGUGCGAAUUCUGUGAGUUUGUGUGUGAGGACAAGAAGGCACUGCUGAACCACCAACUCUCCCAUGUCAGUGACAAGCCCUUUAAGUGCAGUUUCUGUGCUUACCGCACCUUCCGAGAGGACUUCCUGCUGUCCCAUGUGGCCGUGAAGCACACAGGAGCCAAGCCCUUUGCCUGUGAGUUUUGCCACUUCAGCACCCGCCACAAGAAGAACCUGCGCCUGCAUGUGCGCUGCCGGCAUGCCAGCAGCUUUGAAGAAUGGGGACGGCGUCACCCCGAGGAGCCCCCCUCUCGCCGUCGCCCCUUCUUCUCCCUGCAGCAGAUUGAGGAAUUGAAGCAACAGCACAGCACAGCGCCCGAACCACCCCCCAGCUCCCCAGGACCAUCUGAAGCCCCCCUAGAGGCAGUCCCUUUCCAGUCAUCAGAGACAUCCCAGCUGCUGUGCUCAGACUCCCUGGGUGGUGCCACUGUCAUCUACCAGCAAGGAGCUGAGGAGUCCACUGCAAUGGCCACACAGACCGCCCUGGACCUGCUGCUGAACAUGAGUGCCCAGAGGGAGCUGGCGGGCACUGCCUUGCAGGUGGCUGUGGUGAAGUCAGAGAACAUGAGCACAGAGUUGGCAUCCUCUGGCGGGCAGCCAUCUUCGGCAGGUGCUCCCCAACAAGUGGUAACGCUGCACGUGACAGAGCCCGGGGGAAGCGUGGCAGCUGAGAGCCAACUGGUUGCUCCUGACCUGCAGCAGAUCACCCUGACUCCAGGAGCAUUCAGUGGAGCCGGCUAUAGUGUCAUCACAGCACCCCCGAUGGAGGAGAGUACUUCUACUCCUGGCACCCCGUACAGUGAGGAGCAUCCUGGGGAGGCAGCCCAGGCGGUGGUAGUGAGCGAGCCUGUGAAGGACACUGGCACCCACUUCAUCAUGACAGCUGAUGGCACCCAGCUGCACCACAUAGAGCUGACUCCAGAUGGCUCCAUCUCCUUCCCCACCUCAGACACCCUGGCCUCUGGGGCCAAGUGGCCCCUGAUUCAGCCCACGGCACUGCCCAGAGACAGCACCGAGUCCCCAUCUCCAUCUAGGACCCAACAGUUGGGGGGUGCCCAGAGCUCUGCCUCCCCGCCUCCUGCAGCCGGCAGAACCCUGGGCCUGGCUGUCCCCCCUUCUCCACCCUCAGCAGCUACAGCCUCAUCUAAGAAGUUUUCCUGUAAGAUCUGUGCAGAGGCCUUUGCGGGCCGGGCAGAAAUGGAGAGUCACAAGCGGGCCCAUGCAGGGCCUAGUGCCUUCAAGUGCCCUGACUGCCCUUUCAGUGCCUGCCAGUGGCCAGAGGUCCGGGCACACAUGGCGCUACAUGCGAGCCUACGGCCCCACCAGUGUGGCCAGUGCAGCUUUGCAUCCAAAAACAAAAAGGACCUACGGCGGCAUAUGUUGACCCACACCAACGAGAAGCCUUUUGCCUGCCACCUCUGUGGACAGCGCUUCAACCGGAAUGGGCACCUCAAGUUUCACAUCCAGCGGCUGCACAGCCCUGAUGGGAGGAAGACGGGAACACCCCCAUCCCGGGCCCCUGCCCAGACCCCCACGCAGACCAUCAUCCUCAACAGUGAUGAGGAGGCCCUGGCCACUCUUCACACCACCCUUCAGUCCAGUCAUGGGGUGCUGGGCCCAGAACAGCUCCAGCAGGAACACAUCAUCGUGGCCCAGGAGCAGACAGUGACCAAUCAGGAAGAAGCCACCUAUAUCCAAGAGAUCACCACGGCAGAUGGCCAGACCGUGCAGCACCUGGUGACCUCAGACAACCAGGUACAGUACAUCAUUUCCCAGGACGGAGUCCAGCACCUGAUCCCCCAGGAGUACGUCGUAGUUCCCGAGGGUCAUCACAUCCAGGUCCAGGAGGGCCAGAUCACACAUAUCCAGUAUGAACAGGGAGCCCCAUUUCUGCAGGAGUCCCAGAUCCAGUAUGUGCCUGUGUCACCAGGCCAGCAGAUCGUCACGCAGGCCCAGCUUGAGGCUGCAGCACACUCAGCCGUCACAGCAGUGGCUGAUGCUGCCAUGGCCCAGGCCCAGGGCCUCUUUGGCCCUGAGGAGACAGUGCCUGAACAUAUCCAGCAGCUGCAGCACCAGGGCAUCGAGUACGACGUCAUCACCCUGACCGAUGACUGAGCCCCAGGUCCAGCACAGACCAUGGAAUUUGGGCCCAGCCCUGUGGGAGUGGGGGCCCCUAGGACAGCUCCCAUUUAUCCAGGGUGCUCAGUUCAAGACAGCUGACCUCCUAUCUCCCUGAAGAGCUGGUCCUGUGCUGCCAGGUCCAAGGGGCCAGCCAUCGGCUCCUGCCCAGACAUGCUGGGGGGCGCAGCCUGCAGGCGGGCUUUGGAAGAGAUUUAUUUUUGUUUGGAUGGACCUUCAGUCUCAAUAAAGGGCCUGGAGUCCA